AUGGAAUUCACCUUAACAGCCACAAUUUUUAGUUUUUUUGGAUGGAAUGUUUACUUAUUUAUAAAAAAAUAUAGAGAAAGGUAGAGAUAAAAUUACUUAUAAAAUUUAAUUGAUUAAGAAUCUGAUUAUCUUAUUAUGAAUGUGGCUCCAUACAAAAAAAUAAAAGUAAAUGAGGAUAAAUAAACAAUAAUCAAACCAAUUUAAAUGGAAGAAGCAGAAUCAAGUUCAGAUGAUUUUGAACUUAUUUCAUAUAAAAGAAGAAAAACAAUUUUAGAGGAAGUAAAAUAAGAAAAAUUUUAAGAGCAAACUUAUAUUGAGAAUAUAAAAUCCUUUGAUAUGUUACCUGUUCCUAGUAGAAAAGAUCGAAAAUUAAAUAAAAGUAAUAAGGAUUUCUCAUUUACAAGUUAGAAUUUAGAAGUUUAAGAAGUAAAAAGAUUUAGAAAAAACUCUAAAAUUGAUGAUUCAUUACCUAUAGAAAGCCCAAAAUAAUUUAAACAAAAUUCAAGUAAUAAGGUUUCUGAAAAAAAAAUAACAUAAUUUGAAUUUUCAAACUUAAAAGAUCUACAUGAAAUAUAAGAUUCUAAAUAAGAAUCUGAUAAUUGCAUUACAAGUUAAGUUACAUAAGCUAACUAAAUAUAAAAUAUUUCAAUUUUACCAGAGAAUAAAAAUAUCUCACUUUAAUUUCCUGUUUAGGUGUAGAAUUAAAAUGAAUAGAUAAAAGAAUAGAGUAAUUAAUAAUUAGGAGCACCUGAAAAUAUUUUUGGAAAAUUAAUCUUUUAGUUAAAACCAUAAGUAUAAUAAGAAUAAUAAUAAAAAUAAACAUCCCCUUAAAAUUAAAAAUUAUAAUCACCAUAAUAAAAUUAAAAUGGAUUAUUUUCAAAUUUAUUAAAAACAAAUAAUACAAAUGAUUUAGUAUCAUUAUAAUAAAAUCAAAUGCCUUAAGUUUAAAUGAUAAAUAAUUUAUAAUAAUAAUAAUAGUAAUAAUAAUAAUAAUAAUAAUAAUAAUAAUAAUAAUAAUAACCUGAAUUAUUAUAAGCAUAAUUACCUUAAUUAGAAAAACAAGAAUAAAAGCAAAUCUCUCUUUUUUAAAAUAUAACUCCAACAAAUAACACUUAAAUUCCUGAUUUCAAUCUUGAUAAUUAAAAUAAAGAUAGUAUAAUUAAUGGUUCAAGUGCCACCUAAAAUUUAUUACCUGCAAACUUCACAUUUGGAAUUAAUUCUAGUAAUUAAUCAGUUUCAUAAGGUGGAUUAUUUGAUAGUCUGUUUAAUAAAAGUCCUGUAUAAUUUGGAAAUCCAACAACAACAACAUUAAAUAUAACUCAAGAUGAAACAGGCAAUAAAUAAAAUUUAUUGUUAUAACCAUCUUAAUAAAUUUAGAAUAAUGUAAUUCAAUCAUAAUCUAAUAUGGGAACUUCCUUAUUUGGCAAUAUGUUUUCUACACAAUAACCAAAAGAAUAAAUCCAGUAGACUUAAACAGGUGGCCUUUUUAAUUUCAGUUCAAAUACUUAAACUGGAUGUAAUUUAUUCUCAAGUUUACAAAAGAACUGA